CCACUUAUAGCUCUCUCUCUCUCUAGCCAGCAGCCACCAAUACCUUUCCCUUUCUUGCAAAAUGCCCUUCUUUCCUCAUCAUCUACACAACUAUUUUUACCACUCAUGAUCAUUCCUUUGUGUAACCAAACUAAAAUCAUCUUUUUGGCUUAAUCUAUAGCAACCAUUUAGUUGAAUCAUUUGUGCAAGUUUGAAAUAGAACCCUCUAUAGUAAAAAACCCUAGAAAACCCAAUAAUAAAACUAGAUCAUAUGGAUCUAUGAUGUGAUUACCAUCAAUGGACUCAACAAACACUUCAUCUUCUUCGUCUUCUCCAAGCAGAUACGAGAGCCAGAAGCGUCGUGAUUGGGACACAUUCGGGCAGUACCUAAGGAACAACAAGCCACCCCUUUCAUUCCCAGCCUUUAACCCUAGUCAUGUGCUUGAGUUUUUGCACUAUCUUGACCAGUUUGGAAAGACCAAAAUCCACAUCCAAACAUGCCCUUAUUUUGGAGUACCGAACCCACCUACAGCUUGCCCUUGUCCCUUCCGUCAGGCGUGGGGUAGCCUCGACGCGCUUGUCGGACGGCUAAGGGCAGCUUAUGAUGAGCAUGGGGGCAGCCCGGAGAUUAACCCGUUCGGGGCACCCGAAGUGAGGCGGUUUUUGAGGGAAGUUCGUGACUUUCAGGCCAGGUCAAGAGGGAUUAGCUAUGAAAAGAAGAGGAAAAGGCCUAAGCAGAAGCAGCAGGAGUUGCAAGAGCAAGAGGAUCAACAAGAACCCUAAAAAGGCAAGAGGUCUGUAAUGUGAAUGAAGCAAAUUUAUUAUUGUUAGACUUGUUAUGAGACUUAAGUAUUUGUUUUUGUUUAUGUGGAAACUAUUUAAGUUGUUUCGUUUCAUGAAAAUUGUGUUAGUGUUAUGUACUAUAGUUUUGUUAAAGUUCCAAUGCUGUAAGCUGGAUGGACUUAUCUAAAUUAAUUGCAAAAUUCAUCA